AUGGAGAAAGAAGACAACUUAACGAUUUCAGUUGAGCUAGUCAGAGAUAUAUUCAAAGAAAUGUUUCUACAGCAACAAAAAGAUAUUUUGAAGAUUAUUAGUAGUAACAGGGCAAUUCUGAACGACAGACUUGAUAAAAUGAAAAAUGAACUAGAAGAAAUAAAAGAAACAUGUACUUGCUUAAAAGAUGAAAAUAAAGAACUUAAAUCCAAAGUUACAACAAACGAAGAAAGGAUUAAAAAAUUGGAGGAUGUGAAAAAAGAUCUGGAGGAGAGUGUUACCGUAACACAAGACAUACAGGAAAAGAAAAUUAAAGAAUUGGAAAAAAGGGUAAAACACAGUAACCACAAAGAAGAGAAAGAUAGAAAGAAAUUAAGAGAACUGGAAGAGGAAGAUAGAGAGAAAUUUAGACAGCUUGAAGAUAGACAGAGACGGAACAACUUAAGGAUCAGUGGGUUGCAGGAGAAUGAUGGUGAGAGCUGGGAUGACACGGAAAAGAAAGUUUUGGAUCUAUUUGAGAAUAAGCUUGGAGUUAAAAAUGUUGUCAUUGAGCGCGCGCAUAGGAUUGGAAAAAAGAACGAGGAGAAGGCAGAACAAAACACUUAUGACCAAGAAGAUGUACAGAAACCACCAGCACGAACUAUUGUUUUGAAGCUUCUAAAUUAUAAAGCUAAGACCGAACUUUUAAAGAAUACUAAUAAACUUGCAGGGACAGGAAUUUACAUAAACGAAGACUUCUCGUAUGAAACAAGAAUGAUUAGGAAGAAACUGUUUGGUGAGAUGAAAACACACAGGGCGGAAGGGAGGUAUGCUGUAGUGUUAUAUGAUAAAUUGAUAGUUCGAGAAUUUAGGGAUAGGAUUGCUAAUGCCUAG